AUGCCAAUGGCUGCCAAGCUUUAUGUUCUCAUCCGCUGGCCAGACGGAAGCCGUGUUAUCAACAUUGAAAACAUCAAGGAACCACGGAAACCUUUCCACCUCUAUGAGGCUGGGGAGCAAGUUCUGGCCCGAUGCCCAGGCUUCAGUGGUCUGUAUUGGGGAAUUGUGGAAGGAAUAAGCGGUAAGCAGAACUCACUAUAUAGCUAAGUUUUUGUAAUAACCAACAAACAAACACACUUCCAUUAAUGGGUGGGUUUUAUGGAGGUACUGCCUUGAAAAUUUGUUCUAUUUGCUCUCCAAGAUCUCAGAAGUUCCUCCGUUGUUCUGCUCAAAGAGGAAAGAACCCCAAAACUUUGAAACUCUUUUUCCAAGUCUUAUCAACUUUGAACAGCCCAGGACUCUCAACAGGCCAUCCUGUGCCCAUAAGGGAUCAAAGGAUGGCAUCCACUAGGGAUGCAGGAUACAUUUGGUUUUAGCAAUUUGCAGCAUGUGAACCACAGCACAACUAAAAUCUGCACUUCUUCAAGCAUUGCAUAGAAUCAUAGAAUCAUAGAAUCAUAGAGUUGGAAGAGACCACAAGGGCCAUCAAGUCCAAUCCCCUGCCAAGCAGGAAACACCAUCAGAGCACUCCUGACAUAUGGUUGUCAAGCCUCUGCUUAAAGACCUCCAAAGAAGGAGACUCCACCACACUCCUUGGCAGCAAAUUCCACUGUCGAACAGCUCUUACUGUCAGGAAGUUCUUCCUAACUUGCAAUGCUGUUCUCCAGCACAAAUAAAGGUAAAGGGACCCCUGACCAUUAGGUCCAGACAUGGCCGACUCUGGGGUUGCAGCGCUCAUCUCGCUUUACUGGCCAAGGGAGCCGGCGUACAGCUUCCGGGUCAUGUGGCCAGCAUGACUAAGCCGCUUCUGGCGAACCAGAGCAGCACACGGAAAUGCCUUUUAUCUUCCCGCCAGAGUGGUACCUAUUUAUCUACUUGCACUUUGACGUGCUUUCGAACUGCUAAGUUGGCAGGAGCAGGGACCGAGCAAGUGGUUUAACCUACACAAAUAGGGAACAAAAAUUGUGCACAUUAAGCGAAAGUGUGCGGAACUGCAUGGCAGUGUGCUUAGAGUGUUGGACUUGGACCUGGAAGACCAGAGUUCAAAUCCCCACUCAGCCAGGAAGCUCACUGGGUGACUUUGGGCCAGUCCCUGCCUCUCAGCCUAACCUGCUUCACGCCUUGAGCCAUCUUGAGUUCCUUGGAGGAAAGGCAGGAUGUAAAUGUAGCGCAUAAAGAACAAUAAUACAGGUGUUAAUAUAAAUAGCAUACAAAAUACAUUACAUCAGGGGGAAAUUGCUUGCAAAAAUAGAUAUAUUAGGGAAUAUGAGGACAAAAAUGCUGAUUUUUUAAUAUUACAAACAUGUGCAAACGUGGUGAACUGAGCUUAAGUCUGGAAAAAAUGGAGAGAUCUCCAUCUAAGAGAUUUGUGCAUCCCGUACAUCCACAACACAGCUUGACUAACAACCAGCAUUCACUGCAGGCCCAGAAAAGUGUGGCUCCAUCUCCCCGCAAUUAAUCAAAUGUUUUUUGCUUCCCUCAAAAUCUGAGUAGAAAUUUCCUAAUUUACCCUUGAAGAUAACUAGUGUCACAGAGUGAUUUAAAAUGGUGGUCCUGUACAAAUGUACUUGGGAAUAAGUCCUGUUAGACCUGGUAGGACUUAAGGUAAAGUUAAAGGGACCCCUGACCAUUAGGUCCAGUCAUGGCCGACUCUGGGGUUGCGGCGCUCAUCUCGCAUUAUUGGCCAAGGGAGCCAGCGUACAGCUUCCGGGUCAUGUGGCCAGCAUGACUAAGCCGCUUCUGGCGAACCAGAGCAGCGCACAAAAACGCUGUUUACCUUCCCGCCGGAGUGGUACCUAUUUAUCUACUUGCACUUUGACGUGCUUUUGAACUGAUAGGUGGGCAGGAGCAGGGACCGAGCAACAGGAGCUCACCCCGUUGCGGGAAUUCGAAACGCCGACCUUCUGAUCAGCAAGCCCUAGGCUCUGUGGUUUAACCCACAGCGCCACCCGCGUCCCGGUAGCACUUACUUCCAAGUAAAUAUUCAUUAAAGCUGGGCUGCAGAAGACCAACCAUGAACCAGAUCAGGAGGUCCUUAGUUCAUAUCUUGCCACUGCUAUGAGCUCUCUGAAUGGGCCUUUGGAAAACUUCUGUCUCUUGACUGCAGUCUGCUCAUCUGCAAAAUGGGCAGAAUUCAUGGCUUUUUUGAGGACCGCUGAAACAAUGAAUUGAUCCAACGAAAUCACUGUGCAUGUGGAACUUCCCCUCCUUAUCAUUCUCCCUGUGCCCUCAGUCACCCAGAAAUCUGCACCAAUGAAGUGAGAAAACCCUCAGAGCAGAUUUGGGGGUGGGGAGGGCUUGCAGAGGUGCACCGAGGGCCGGGGGGCGGUGCGGAGAAAAAGGGGAAGUUUUGUUGGGCAAGACAGAUUUCUGCUCAUGCAAUGACUUGGAAUCAAUCCACUGUAUAUGAAUUGCCUUGAGUAUUCCAAAGCAUUAAGUAAAUGGCAUGUAUUAUUGUUGUCAAAAUUUUGUAUUGGGCAAAAGUUGAUGACGGUUCUACAGCACAGUGGGAUGGAUUUGCCUGCAACCUUUGUGGAGGUGAAAAAUGAAUAUUAAAAGGCCUUUCUUCCAACAGAGCAUAAAUAUAUCCUGGAGAAAAAGCUACAAGAGGAUAAAGAACUGCUGGAGAUGUUGGGUAAGCAGAGUCCCUAAUUGUGCUUUGUAAGUGCAGCAGGGGCUCAGGGCAGUCCAAUAUUAAAUUUUCAAAACAUAAUUCAGAAAGGAUCUAAAUUAGUAUGGUUCCAAAGCUUCCUUCUGCAUUUUCCCUACCCUUCUACACCAAUAAAUGAGAACAGAGAUUGCACUUGAAAAUUGUGUCAAAGGGGAGAGAUAAUUAUCAUUAAAUGCUCGUAGAUGGGGCAUCCUUACCUUACUUCCGAGGUGGCCAAAAGACUUUUGUGGCUGUCCUUUAUUUCAUUCCACAAAUCAUCUCGGCAGUGAUCUUCAUUUUGCAGCCUCCCUGGGUGCCUGCACUUCCUCAAAAUCCCAUGCUAUUUUUGGUUGAACUUCCCUAUAAGCAUGGGGAGAUGGGGAGGCUGUCUACCAUGUUCCUGGCAGUAUGAAGGGGAAGGGGAAUAGAUUCAGUUAAUAUAAUAAUAAUAAUAAUAAUAAUAAUAAUAAUAAUUUUAUUAUCUAUAGCCCGCCCAUCUGGCUGGAUUUGCUCAGCCACUCUUGACGGCUCCCAACAGAAUAAAACUUCCAGCAUUAAAAACUUCCCUAAACAGGGACUUAAAUGUGGACUUACUGAAUUUGCUGUUUUCAAAACGAAUAUGUGAACCAAAACACAGCCUUCAAAAUUCAGUGCAAUUCUCUGGCCAAGAAAUGUCUACAAGCAUGCAGAUACUUAGCUAUUUUUUGCAUAUAAAUGCAUAUAGUAGUGAAAAUAAUAUACAAAAAUGCAUUUAAUUGGAGAAAAUGGCUUUGCAGAAAUGUGUACACACUAAAAUGCUGAUGAAUUUUCAUGAGGACUUUUUUUUUUAAUCACAAGCGGAGAAAUACAGAACUGAAUUUAAGACUGGGAAAAUGAGAAACUGAGAGAAACUAAAGCUGGCAUCUCUACCGGACAGCUGUGAAUUGUUGUUUUUAAAAGAGGAAGUCAGUUUCCUUAGAAGAAAAAUCAGCAAGCACACAAAUGUCAGACACUUGUUACCCAGCCUUCCCACUUUCCUAUAAUUGAGAUAAAGUCCUGGGGAAGAUAACUCUUCCUUUGGCUUCUUUUUCAUAUCAGGAAGUGCGGGCAGCUAGGGAGGCUGCAGAGCUCUAGAGAAAUGUCUAAUGGAAAGAAAAAAAACACACACACACACACACACAAACAAACAAACACGUAGUGUGAUGGUCAGAGUGUUGGACAAGGACCUAGUUCUGGUCUCCACUCAGCCAUGAAGCUCACUGGGUGACCUUGGGCCAGGCACUGUCUCUCAGCUUAACCAACCUCACAGGUUUGUUACAAGGAUAAAAAGAGGAGCGAGAGAAAGAUGGGGUGCAAAUGUAAUAAUCAAUAAAUGUUCUUCCUGGCCUCUGUACUUGUGGAAUGCUUGCUGGGCAGCUGGUCCUGAUGCUGCCAGUCUACACUGACAAUAUUUAGCUAGAUCAACCAAUGCUCUGACUAAGAUACCAUCCUACAUUCCUAAAAAGUUUAGGCAGCAGAUGCUGUAAAAGUUCCCUGUUCAAGUUCCUGGAAAGCCACAGCCCAUCACAGUAGAUGACAAUGUGGGACUAGACAGACUAGUCUUUAUAAGGGAAUUCUCAAUAUGGAAUAUUCUAGUCAUGCUAUACAGUGCAAUUCUUUGGCCAACAAAUCUGUACAGUGGUACCUCUGGUUAUGUUCGCUUCAUGUUACGUUCUUUCAGGUUAUGUCCCGUGGCGACCCGGAAGUACCAGAAAGGGUUACUUCUGGGUUUCGCCACUUGUGCAUGCUCAGAUGUAGAAAAUGAUGCACAUGCGCAUAAGUGGUGAAUUGCGACCCGCUCAUGCGCAGAUGCACAGCUGCGGGUUGCGCUCUUUUCAUGUUGCGAACGGGCCUCCAGAACAGAUCCUGUUCGCAACCAGAGGUACCAUUGUACAAGCAAGAAUAACACACACAAUGUUAUUGUUUGGUGCACUUUUCUUGAUUUCAGAUGAUCAGUCAGCAGUGCAGAAUCUGGGGCCACCACAGCCAAAGAGGUCCAGAAAGUCCUUUCCCAAGUGGAACCCAGGGAACGGUUUGAAGAAAUGCCCCAGUGAUAAAGAUGUCGAGACCACUGUGGAAGAUGAAGAGGCUGAUCUCCAGCAAGAUCCUGCAACCUCUUCUGGCCUUAGAGAGGUGCGCACCCUUGGUGUCAUGAUGAGGUCCCAUUCCUCUGAACCAGCCACUCCUCACUCUUCUACUCCCUUUCAUGUAUCGCCUUCUUUCCUAACGAUAUCUUCUGCUGGGGCAUUCCCAAGAGGGGCAACGAGGCCAAGCCCAGCAACCAGAGGUAAAACAUCUGUUAUGAUCAAAGAAUGGAAUGAGGCUGCAAGAGGUGUACAGCAAAUGUGAGAUGAUUACAUUCAUUUGUAUUCCCAGCAUAUGAGCCUGCUAAUUCGUAUGCCAUGUGUUCUGAGUUGUGGGAAAUUGCAGUCAAACAGAACUAUGCAUGAGUGCUAGUUAGUGCAUGGAAGAGCUGCAGGGGUCAGCAAACUUUUUCAGCAGGGGGCCAGUCCACUGUCCUUCAGACCUUGUGGGGGGCCAGACUAUAUUUUGGGGGAAAAGAAGAAGAAUGAAUUCCUAUGCCCCACAAAUAACCCAGAGAUGCAUUUUAAAUAAAAGGGCACAUUCUACUCAUGUAAAAACAUGCUGAUUCCCGCGGGCCAGAUUUAGAAGGUGAUUGGUCUGGAUCCAGCCCCCAGGCCUUAGUUUGCCUACCCAUAAGCUAAGGCAAUAGAGUUGAAGUCCUAGGCUCAGCUAGGUCACUCCCCCUUUUCUCCAAUAAGGGAGGAAGUGAAGACUUCUUCCUGUUAUCUCUCACUCCAUGCCAUGUAACUGAUCAAGGAAGACGUGCUCCAAGCUUAGAGCAUGUGUUUGAAGCUACACUAGUGGCCAAAAUUGUGGGAACCUUUUGGGGAAAGUGUAUUUCUGAGGUUUGAUGGCUCAUAACAGCUGAUUGGCUCUCUAAACACUCAUGCUCAUUGGCUACAUUCAAAUGAAAUCAAUCACCCUAAGCAAGUUGUGCAUCCUUUUUCUGGUUAUUUGGCUAUAACUUUUGAUAGGUAAAGGUACCCCUGCCCGUACGGGCCAGUCUUGCCAGACUCUAGGGUUGUGCACUCAUCUCACUCUAUAGGCCGGGAGCCAGCACUGUCCGCAGACACUUCCGGGUCACGUGGCCAGUGUGACAAGCUGCAUCUGGCGAGCCAGCGCAGCACACGGAACGCCAUUUACCUUCCCGCUGGUAAGCGGUCCCUAUUUAUCUACUUGCACCCGGAGGUGCUUUUGAACUGCUAGGUUGGCAAGCGCUGGGACCGAACAACAGGAGCGCACCCCGCCGCGGGGUUUCGAACCGCCGACCAUGCGAUUGGCAAGCUCUAGGCGCUGAGGUUUUACCCACAGCGCCACCCACGUCCCUUUUGAUAGAAACAUAUAAUUGAACAAACUUUGUUGCAUUACAUUCUUCAAUAAAUUAUCUUUCCAUUGAUUUACAAUUUUAUGGUAUUACUCAAAAUGAAGUGGUGUUAUGAGCCAUCAAACCUCAGAAAUACACUUUUUCCAAAAGGUUUCCACAAGAGUGUUCUGCCUGUGUUUUCCUUGCUGCUGCUUGGAUAAAUUCAUGAAUCUGACCUUUGGCAUGCUUUGUACGUGAAGCAUUUUAAACUUACUUCACAGCAUGGUCUGUUCAUUUUAAGCAGGUUAGAAGAAGAGGAGCGCUUUUUGCAAGUGGACUGAUUGGGAUAAAAAGAUUUAACAGCCUACAUUCCUAACACUUCACAGUGCUGCUUAACUUUUAUGUGUUUAAACUCUGCUACUGGAGGCUUCUCUCCUGCUGGAGAGUGAGUUUAAUCCCACGUUUUGAAUCCAGGCACCCAGCCGAUUCUUUUGCUAUUCGCCCCACACGCAUGGGUCACAAGGAUUAUAUAUUUUCCUCCCACAUGAGUUUCAUACAGAAUUUCCUCCCUUGCAAGGGCUUCCUUCCCCACUGUGGAGGAAACGCAAUGCAUACAAAGGAAUGACUUUGUGGCUCUUCUCCCUCCAUUGAAAUGACUGAUAAAUUGUGGAUUUGAGGGGCUUCCUGUGAGCAUAGAAGCAUAUAUGAGGUUUCUGAGCAUGAAGAUGCACUUAUCAUUAUUGAAAGAUCUACAAUGACUCCCAGUACGUUUCCGAGCACAAUUCAAAGUGUUGGUGCUGACCUUUAAAGCCCUAAACGGCCUCAGCCCAGUAUACCUGAAGGAGCGUCUCCACCCCCAUCGUUCAGCCCAGACACUGAGGUCCAGCGCCGAGGGCCUUCUGGUAGUUCCCUCACUGUGAGAAGCCAAGUUACAGGGAACCAGGAAGAGGGCCUUCUCGGUAGUGGCACCCGCCCUGUGGAACACUCUCCCACCAGAUGUCAAAGAGAAAAACAACUACCAGACUUUUAGAAGACAUAUGAAGGCAGCCCUGUUUAGGGAAGCUUUUAAUGUUUAACAGACCACUGUAUUUUAAUACUUUGUUGGAAGCCGCCCAGAGUGGCUGGGGAAACCCAGCCAGAUGGGCGGGGUAUAAAUAAAUUAUUAUUAUUAUUAUUAUUAUUAUUAUUAUUAUUAUUAUAUUGAAUUACAUUUGGAGCCGACUCUACAGUAACAUUAGACUGGAUCUUCUCCUCAGUAUCUCUGUCAAAGAAAUCAGAAAAUCACACAUCAAAAUGGAUACCUAAAUGCUGUUGAAUCCUUAGAAGACCAUCACUUUAAUGUGGUGGUCAUAAAUGCAUUGGUUGCACUUAGAACAACAAUGGGGUUUUCAUCUGCCAUGUUUAAUUUUACAUAAUCUUUCCUUAUCCUAUCUUCUUUUUUAGAUUACAAUAACAUAGCAACUAGGAGGAGGUCUGAUGAUCUUCUGGCCCAAUGUCAGAAACAUAUCUUCAUAAACAGGUAAUGUAUUCCCCCCUCCCCCUAAAAAACCCCCAAAUUGUACAAAUGUGUCAUGGUAUACGGAUCAAGCAUUUUGAUUUUCAUUUUCAUUAGGAGUAGGGGUUGGGGAGAAGUUUAAUUUGGUUCACGUUUAAAGGCCAACCUAUGUAAUCCACACUUUCUGAAAGUAUACGCAAACCGAAACACAGCCAUCCUUUGAAAUUUGCACUUCUCUGAAUUUUGCAAUGCAGUUCUCCAUCCAAGUACAAAAAUGCAUGUACUAGGGUAAAGUGUCCCUAAAAAUGCAUAUAAUAAUAAUAAUAAUAAUAAUAAUAAUAAUUUUUAUUUAUACCCCGCCCUCCCCAGCCAAGGCCGGGCUCAGGGCGGCUAACAAGCAAUAAUAAAAACAAGCUGAAUGAUUACAACUUAAAAACAAAAUUAAAAUACAACAUUAAAAUAUUGAAACAUUAAAAUAUUAAAAUGUAGCCUUAUCGCAGGAGAAGAAAGGAAAAGAAAAAAGAAAGGGAGGGAGGGAAUCAAAUUGGCUCCAAGCCAAAGGCCAGGCAGAACAACUCUGUCUUACAGGCCCUGCGGAAAGAAAUCAGAUCCUGCAGGGCCCUGGUCUCAUGAGGCAGAGCGUUCCACCAGGCCGGAGCCAGAGUUGAAAAGGCCCUGGCUCUGGUUGAAGCUAAUCUAACUUCCUUAGGGCCCGGGACCACUAGGGUGUUGCUGUUUAUGGACCUUGAGGCUCUCCGUGGGGCAUACCGGGAGAGGCGGUCCCGUAGGUACGAUGGUCCUAGGCUGUGAAGGGCUUUAAAGGUCAAAAGCAGCACCUUAAAUCUGACCCUGUACUCCACCGGAAGCCAGUGCAGCUUGAAAACAUAUUAAUGAAAUAACACAAAAAUGCAUUGUAUAAGGGGAAACUGCUUUGAAGAAAUGUAUCUAUUAGGCAAAUUUUGCAAAGAAAUGUGGAAACAUUAACAGAGGAGAAAUGAGAAUCUGAAACUGACAGAUUCACCCAUCCCUAAUUAGGAGUGCAAUUCAGUUCCUGGCAAAAUGUGUUAAGAGGAUUUUAAGUUGAGCGGUGAACGUGCAUAAUCACCAGCCAUGGUGCACAUUCACCAGCCUCGUGGAGAAUGUGCACAUAAUCCUUCCAUGGAAAGGUAAUUGUGCACAUUUCCUGGUCCAUAUACACAAACAGGCCUUGGAGGAUGUGCAUAUGGUGAAUGGAUUUUGUUUACACUUGGGAGAAGAAGAUGGUUAAAGAAUAUUUUGCUCAGCUAGAGAUGAAAGCAGGUGAGCUGCAUAAUGUGCAGGAGGGUUGUGCUAUGACACAGGUGGGGAACCUCAGACCCAGAAGCUGAAUGUGGUCCUAGCAGCCACUCUGUUUGGCCCUUGAGAGUUUCCCUAGGCUCCACACCCUUCCCAGGCCACAUACCCUUCUCGCUCUGUUAUGCAGCCUCCUUGGAUGUUUCUGACUGCUUGUAAUGUAUUAAUAGAAUCUGAUAUAAUGUCUCGUGCAUGUCUGGAUGGAGGAAAGAUAAGUCUGUGUGUAGACACUAACCAAAAAAGGAGGAAAAAAAAUUUGCUUUUCUGCCCAAGUUUGCCUCCAGUUGCACCCAUCAGUGUCAGCACUUCACACACACAAAAUGAAACAAAACUGUAUAAUCUUCUCUUGGUCUAAAGAUAGUGGGUUGUCGCUGUUUUUAAUGAACUCUGGAGUCACUUGUUUCAGCUAUCUGUUUGUUCUUCUAGCUGUGACAAGUCAAAGGACACCAAUUCUCUGGAAAUGGAUGGCUUUGAGGUGGCUCAGAAAGUCUUCAGUGCUUGUGAAAUGGAAAGGUAAUCUGGCAGGGAAGAGACCCAUCUGCCCCUAAUUGCAUUUCUAGCAUCUUGCGGGAAUAUAAUGGGAUAUAGAUUAGACAUGCCUGGAAACCUAAUAGCAAUUUUCAGGCCCACAAACUCACCUGGCUUUUCCAUUGGAUGGAUUCUAGCUGGAGUGUCCAGCAUUGCUAGUGAUGGCAGAGAAGUGAAAUAUUUCAGAAUCACAUACCAGCCACUUACUAGGUGGGUUCCUAACACAAACACUAUUGUUUUCCUUCUGGCUAGAACUACAUAGGGCAGUUCCAGCAGUGGACUGUGACACCCCUAUGUUUAAUUCUUCAUAACACUUACGCCAGGGUUGAGUAACCCUUUUCAGUCUCAGGGUCAAAUCCUCAGCAAUUUCUCAUAACAUUCAGAACUGCUGUGCUGAAGUACAGGGGUCACACACCAGUAAUUAAAGGUCUGAUAUAAAAAUGUCAGCAGCUGAAAUUUUCCUCAUAAUUGUAUUUCCAGAUUAGAACAGGCUUGCCCAGUCUAAUUUGUCCCAGCCACACAGCUGUAAAGGUGUAAUGCACCAUUUGCUUUCUUCCUAUCCCUGUACUUCUUGCUGCAAGCUGCUCCUAUUAGAAGAGAGCAAAUCUCUUCAGCAAAGAAAAUACAGGAAAUGCCUCGUGUUCCUUCCUUCUGAUUGCUUAGUAGCAGCAAGUGUGACUAAGUAUCGUUCACAACAGCAGCACCUUCAUAUCUGCCUAAUUAGCCAGAGAAGGUUGCCACCUCAUUUUGUUUCCUAACUUUCUUUAUAUUUCAUAAUUUACUUAUUUAUUUCAUUAAAUUUAUAUACCGCUUGAUUAUAAAGAAACCUCAAAGAGGUUUACAAAAAGAUAACACACGAAAAUCAAUUAAAAAAUCACAACCAUACUUUAAAACAGAUGCACGUUAAAAUACCGAAACAGAAUAAAAUUACCUCAACUUUCUAAGCAUCUGGGUAGGCUUGUCUAAACAAGAAUGCUUUUAACAGGCACUGAAAAGAGUACAAGUUACAGGUAGGUAGCCAUGUUGGUCUGCCGUAGUUGAAACAAAAUGAAAAAAUUCCUUCCAGUAGCGCCUUAGAGACCAACUAAGUUUGUCAUUGGUAUGAGCUAUCAUGUGCAUGUAUCUGAAGAAGUGUGCAUGCACACAAAAGUGGUGCCAAUUCCAUUUAUCAAAGUGGUCGAGUGGGUGCAUGUGGGGUAAGGCGAUAUAUAAUUGACUUCCCCCUUUUUGUUAACGAAAGCUAAGGCUCUAGACCUCCAGCUGGAGGUGACGGGGGAAGGGAAUGAAUGUGAAGAUGAACUAGAAAGUGUUCAACGUUCUACCCCAACAUGAACUUCCUUCACCUUUAGUUCACCUGGCAAUUAUGGGGACUACUUCCAGGAGUAGCUCUGAGGUUUUCGCACUACAUCCAACUGAACUAGUUCAUUUCAGACAUCUAGAGGGCACACGGUUCAGUAAAGCUGACUUAGAUGGCUUGACAAAAAGAGAAAGAGAGAGAGAGAGAGAUGUUUUUGGACAAUGGAUCUGUCCAUAGCUAUUAGUGAUAACAGCUGAAUGGAACCUCCAUUAGAAGCAGAAUGUCACACUGUGUACCAGGUGCUGAGGACUGGAGACAAAGAAUAAGAAAAGGCUGUCAUGUUCAUUCUCUGUCUGUGAGUGCCCCAGACAUCUGAUGUUCUAAAUUGAUGUUCUAAAGGGAGUGCUAGACUGGAGGUCCUUUAUCUGAUUAAUCAAGGCAGUUCUUAAGUGCUAAAAAGAGUUUGUUGCUAUUGCUGCUAUUGUUGUUGUUGUUUAGUCGUUUAGUCGUGUCUGGCUCUUCGUGACCCCAUGGACCAGAGCACACCAGGCACUCCUGUCUUCCACUGCCUCCCACAGUUUGGUCUGAUAGCUUCAUCAUCCAUGAAUUUGUCUACCCUCCUAUCCCCCCCUUUUAAAGCCAUCCAUGUUGUUGCUUGACUCCUCUAGGGAAGAAAAGAUCGAGCAUCUUGAACAAAUGGUCCUCAGCCUCCAGAGAGAAGUCCUCUCCUUGAAGCGGAAAGUACAGUACCUGGAAGCCUCCUCCUUUAAGGAGCAAGAGCCCGCACGCCAUCCCUGCGAGGCAUCCGAACUCUUCAAUGGGUACACCAGGGGGCAACUCAAAGAGGCCAUCCGGUUUGACCAGAAGAUCAGCACCGCUUGCAAAACACUCCUCUACAAGCUCUUCAGUUCUGACUAUAUACAGAGCCAUUCCAUCACGGGGAGGCGGGGAAACACCUUCCGGGAGGCUAAGCCCAUGAUGGACGAGAGAUGCAUAAAAAUCAUCAGGGUUUUGCUGAAGCAGAAGUUUGGGGACCAUCUGAGCGACACGGUGAUCACGGAGAAGAUCCAGAACGUGCAGAAAGCUCUGAGGCAGAAAUUCAAGACAGAAUGUCUCUGA